UUCCGGGUUGAGGAUGUAGCUGUCAUUCCCGUAUAACACUCACUACCUUCUUGUUUUUGGCUGGGAAUCGCUUGGUCAGCGGCUUAUUUUAUUCGCUCGCAACAACACUGCACGCGCGUUGGAGAAACACGCCAAACAUUUCACUCAGUGUUUUAAUAUUUUUAAUAGUUGUUUGCUUGGCGUGCGCCGUAGUAGCAAUGUUAGCUAGCUAGCUAUGUGCUGCUGAUGUUGUAUGUCACUCGGCUGCCGUAAAGGUUUGCUAUUAUUGUUAUUAUUUUAUUCUUAUCAUGAGUGAAGGGGAAGUGUUCCACGAGAAGCAGCGUCUGGAGCUGUGCGCCAUCCAUGCGCUCAACAACGUGCUCCAGGAGCGGGUGUUCACCAAAGAGACGGCCGACGACAUCUGCAAACGGCUGGCUCCACAGUGUGUGGUCAACCCCCAUCGCUCUGUGUUAGGCACUGGCAACUAUGACGUUAACGUCAUCAUGGCUGCCCUACAGAGCAGGGAGCUGGCAGCCGUGUGGUGGGACAAACGCAGGACGGUCGCGAGCCUUUGCAUCUCCAAGGUGCAGGGCUUCAUCCUCAACGUCCCUUCAUGCGUGUCGCUCGGAAUCCUGUCGCUGCCGCUGCCGCGGCGGCGCCACUGGCUCGCCGUCCGACAAGUCAACGGGCAGUAUUACAACCUGGACUCCAAGCUCAAGAAUCCCGUGUGUAUCGGAGGGGAGGCGGAACUACAAAGGUUUCUGAGCGAGCAGCUCUCUCAGGACGUGGCCGAGAUGCUCCUGGUGGUGCGGCGGGAGGUGGAGGAGGACGGCUCCUGGCUGAACCCCGACCCCGCCGGUGACGGGGCCAACAGUACUGCCGUGAGAGCAAAACUAAGGACUUUUUUUCUUUUUUUUUUUUUUUAAACACCUCAUGGCAGAAAAGUCUUCAGGGAACAAAACAUUUAAUGACCACACACGCGCCAAAGAGAAGCUUGUACGGAAAGCUGGUUGAAUUAUCCAUCUUAAGGUCCACGUACUAGUACGGUCUUGGUCCUCACUAGUAGAACGACUGUGUCUUGCUAGUAACGUUUUUGUCCACUCCUGCUUUCCACUACUGUCUGACAUUUCAGCACACUCGUAGGCCAACUAAAUUUUACUACUGAGGCAAAACUGCACAAGUUGAGAUCCGCAUGCUACUAGUGAAGAACUAGAUGCUUACUAGUAAAAUUUUAUAAUGCCAAUAGUAAUAUCAAAAGUAGACAGUUGUUAAUUAGUGCACAGUUUUGUCUCACUAGUAGUCGUAAAGUUUUUUUGCCUGCUACUAGACGAGCCACUUUUGGCCUACUAGUAUGCAAUAAACCUCAUACAAACCUUAACAGACCUUAAUUACUGUGCUGGACUAGCAACACUUUACAAGUAGAAGGCAUGUGGCAUGCACUAGUCGCCUCCCUUUCAGAGAUAUUGAAUAAAUGGCUUUCCUUUGGUAGCAUUUAUUUGAUAUCCUUAAUAUCCAGCUCAUGGCCCAUAUACUAGUACACACUUUGUCCUAACUAGUAGGACAACUUUGGCAUACGAGGACAAUUACAAUUUGCUAGUGGGGGAGAACUGCGCUAGUUGACAUCUGCAUGAUGAUAGAUGUUAAUUAGUAGAGAGUGAUAAUGUCAAUAGUAGGAAAGCAUUGGCAUACUAGUCAUAGAACUACGUUUCUCGUGAGGCAAUACUGUGGACUAGUUGACAUCUGUGUGCUACUAACAAACUAUUUGUUAAAUAGUAUAAUAAUAGUCUUUAAUGGCACUAGUAGCACACAGUUGUCAACUAGCUCAAUGUUUUUGCCUCAGUUGUAACAUGUAGUUGUCCGACUAGUAUGCCAAUGUUGUCCUUGAUAAGGAGGCUACUUGUGUGUGACACAUGCCCAAUAGUUGGAUGUAGUAGUAUUACUCAUGCCGUACAGUUGAGUUUAGCAGUAAGGCUUUAUCACAUACUAGUAGGCCAAAAGUGGCACUAGUAGUGGAUUAAAAACUAACAAGACUCAGGCGUCCUACUAGUGUGCUAAAUUGUCUUACUAGUGAGGAUGAAGAGUGUACUAGCACAUGGACCUCAAGAUGGAUAUCAAGGGCGUCCACUAAAUUCUCAACCCGGGUUUCCAUCAGCUUGUACACUCGUGACAUGACAUGACUAUCCGAUGAUUGUAACUUUUCAGCCAAAGCUAAGCUAACGUGUGAAGCCACUUUGGUCUUAUUGGCGUUAUGAGCGUUUGAACGAUUUCUUGGUACAAAGUGCACGGAUGACUGGAAUGGGAAUAAUAAUCCUAAUAAUAACCGAUAGCUCGUGUGUGUCUGUUCUGUCUAAAUGUGUCAGGCACCUCUGUUAACUUUCUAUGCAGCGCAGUUCUACUUGGUAGCACUGUUUUGUCGUGUGUGCGUGUGAAGCUUUUGAUUGAAAUUCUUUUCCACAUUAAAAAGUCGUAAAGUGCGUACUAGUAUGUGGACCUGCUCUAACAGCUUGUUAUAACUACUUGACGGCAACCAGCAGAUGUGCACUUCAAGUCCAGCUUUAGUUUGCUCAAUAAAGCGGGAGUUCAGAACAUGCAGAGAGAUUCUCCCAUUGCUCAUUCACUGCCAUCCUUCCCAGUUAACAUGGAUAUUUGACUUCUAAAGCCGUCAAUGGCAGUGAAUGUGUUACCAAUGGUUAAAAAAAUAACCAUCGAUUAAUGUAUCAUUAUUCCCAUAGUCAAUCAAGGAAAUGUAUUCUACUCUCAACUGGGUGCAAAAUUCUAAGCAGGUGUCCGCCCCUCCCCCUCCUCAAAGGACACCCACUUCUAUGCCUUUCUGUGACUCUUCCAGUCUCUCUGUAUGUCUCUUGCAACCUGCUGAUGGCUCUGUAGCACUCGAAGCUCGGUUUCCAAUUCAUCCUGUUUGAAGCCCAUCAAUGGCGAGGUACUGUUGAUCAAUUAUUAGUCGUCGUCUCGGUCCCAGGAUGUCAAAAUGUGAACAGCAUAAAAAAAAAAAAAAAGACGUUUAAAUUCCAUUUCAAAUUGAACUGGGAAAUGUAUUGGGCCAUUCAAAAGUUUAGACAAGUUCACUUGUAAAGGUUAUAGUGUAUUUUAGGUUCACCGUUAUACUGCUCUAGGGAGAAAUGGGAGUUAAAAACAUUCUGAUUCUCUCAUUCCAUCAAAAAUAAAAUAAAUCAAGUCAAAUGCCCAACCCUCAUGUUUCCUGUUGAUAUAUGCAUAUCCAAUUAGAGUUGUCUGUUGUGCACACUCGUGGCUUAUUGACUGGAGACCCAAGUUUAUAACGUUGAAAUGUAUUUAUAAUAAAAUGUUUGUUGU